UUGACGUCUCUGUACUGGGUACAGAAAUUUCCACAAUAUGGGUCCUUUCCCACAGCUGUGACCUUUAUCAGCGAUGUGCCAGGCAGAUUAAGUGGUAUAAAAGCAGUGAGGAGGCAGAGAGGAGGUACACAGUAACCUGCUCAGGUUCAGUUGACUUCAGAAGAAAAAAAGAAGAUGAAGGUCUUUGCUUUUGCUCUCCUGCUCCUGCUGGCCGCCACCUACGGUGAGGCCCUGUUGUGUCAGAACUGUGUCCGUGAGGCUCCCGACAGUGUAGACUGUGUGGAGACGACGGUGACCUGUCCUCCAGAGUUGAACGCCUGCGCCAAAAUUACCUACCCUGCCCCCGCUGAGAACACCUUCCACAAGUCCUGCUUCAAGAUGGUUGAGUGCCUGAAGCUGGGAAUCACUCAGGGUCUGCAGGUCAGCUGCUGCAACUGGGAUGGCUGCAACAAAUAA